AUGUUGAUCUAUAGCUCCUUGACAACCAUCCUGCUCUUGGCAGUGUUUUCCAAGACGUGGGCAUUAACUGAGACAGAACGGCUUGAAGGAUAUUAUGCUCGAAACUACACAUGGCCUCCCAAGUUUCUUCCCGACAAUCCAGGAUGGGUCAAGUUGAUGACGCAGCGAUUGGAACAGACAAUCAACCCUGCUGUGGUUGCACCUAAUUUCACUGAAUUGGGUUUUGGAAUGACCAGGGCUCCAGAACCUUUGAUGGAAGAUUUGAGAAAUGCGAUACGUGAUGGAUUGAAAAAUGGCGAUGCACGCCUUGAAGGAAAAAUUGAUGUCAUUGAUGGACCACAGGAGCCACUCUUUAUUGAUCGCCCGGAUCUGACACAACGAGUCCUUCGGGAACUGCAUCCUUAUGUGGAAGCAUGGGCUGGCACUGAAUUGACACCCUUCACAGCCUAUGGUCUGCGUCUGUACCAAAAUCAGUCAGCGUUAUGGAUGCAUGUGGACAAGGUACAAACACACGUUGUAUCAUUCAUCCUUCACAUUGACAAGUCAGAUGAUGCCGAGGACUGGCCAAUCUUCAUUGAAGAUUUUGAAGGCAAUACACAUGAGGUUAGCCUCACAUCGGGUGACAUGGUCUUUUACGAAAGCUCCAAAUGCAACCAUGGACGUCCUCGCAGAUUGAAUGGAAGCUGGUAUUCCUCCAUCUUUGUCCAUUAUUAUCCAAAGCAUGGAUGGGCCGAAGUGGACCAUAAGAUGGAGAACCACUAUGCCAUUCCGCCAAACUGGAAUACCCCUGUGAAACCAGAGGACAAGAAGUACACUCCUUUGACCAUGGAGGGAACUAGUUUCCGUGAAAAGGAAUGCCCUGAUGACUGGUGCUUAACCCAGAAUACCAUCAAGUGGAGCGGUCCCGGAGAAGAAGGAGUCUGGCUGGACCCUAAAUUCCGCAAACAUCCAUUGGAGUUCAAGACCCGCAGUGUCAUGGUAGAGUAG